AUGGCCUCUACCCUGCAGAAGUUCAUUCAUUCUCUGGACCUCAGAGCCCUUCCCAGGGUCCUUCAAAUCCAGUCAGGCAUCUACUGUCAAGACUCCAUCUAUGAGACGUUUGGAAAAGAAUUCUCCCUCUCAACAGAAGAUGUCAUUAAAGUUAUUGGCUUCAAAAUUAAUAAACUCAUAGCAAGUAUCUGUGAGAAUAAUGAAGUCAGCCAGUUUCCAGCCAAAGUGGAAUUACCACUAAAUUUUCCUGGUCUUUACAAGGUUGUGGCAGAUAAGACUCCAUAUAUCAGCAUUGAAGAAAUUGCAAGAACAGUCUCUAUUGGGCCAACAAGGUUUGGCCAUCCUUCUUUCUACAGUGCCAAUGAUAUAAAAUUGGAAAAUUUCACUAUCAAACAUGAUGAGCAGAUCACCUUCAACUCAGUGGAAGAGGUCCAUGGGAUGAUGGCUGUGAACUGUGUCGUGGUCAGAAAUAAACAGUCUCAUUCUUUUACUUUGCCGCUUUCCCAAGAAGGAGAAUUCUAUGAGUGUGAAGAUGACCAGAUGUACACCCUAAAAGAGAUUGCAGAAUGGAAAAUCCCUAAGGGUAGAAACCGGAUUGUUAAACUUUCCAAUACUUUACAUAAGUGGGACUCCUCUAGUCCACUUCCUGAGAAUUUUCAUGGCUCUUUGAUUCUCAUGCCUGUCUACGAGGUGCAGGCAGUAAUGAAAUUUCGAAAAGACAUCAUUCAUAUCCUCUCAGAUCUGGAUGUUGAGGUCAAGGAUGUAACAGACCAUUAUGAUAUUAGCUCUUUCCUUCAGCCACUUUCUUUGGAAGAUAUAUUUGAGAGAACAAGCAAAGAAUUUCCUAUGGUUGUUGAGAUAAUGGAAGGGCCUUCGGGAAACCAAAAACCUUAUAACUUAUUGUCUACAGGGAAAGAGAUUGUCAUUUACAAAAAGUACCAGGCAGCAAGAGUCCUAGCCUCUGAGAUGAGAAGUGAUUCCUCCAAAAGACAUUAUUUAAUCCCUAUGAGCUACAAAGGAAAAUUCAAGAGAAGACCUCGGGAGUUUCCAACUGCCUAUGACUUAGAGAUAGUGAGAAAUGAAAAAGAACAUCUUCAUGUUGUAGCAACUAAAGCCUUUACCUCCCCUCAUAAAGAGUUUUUUUCUGUUUCAGUUGGAGAUCAAUUUCUAGUUCAGCAAUGCCAGACUAGUGAAGUUCUGUAUGAGGGAGGAAAGAAACUCAUAGAUGUUUUAGCUUGUGAGCAAAUACUAAGUGAUUCAUAUAAAAAAGUGCUCCUCCCUAUGUACAUGGAAGGUGGCUUUGUGGAAGUGAUUCAUGACAAGAAACAGUACCACCUCUCUGAGAUUUGCAAAGAAUUCCAUUUGCCUUUUAACGUCAAAGUGUCUGUGAGGGACCUUUCUAUCGAGAAAGAUGUCUUGGCUGCUGCACCUGGUCUGCAGUUUGAAGAAGAAAUCACAGACUCUUACUUGCUGGUCAGUAGUGCCAGCAGUCCAGCGGAGAGCUGGGAGAUUCCUGUGUAUCGUUUAAACAUGCUGGUCCAUUUGCUCAGCAAAGAUGUCCAGACAGUUGCACCGCCUGUGACUAGGGCAACUGUGGAAGAGGUCAGCAAAGAGGAAUACUAUAUGUUGAGAAGAUAUGAAAACCUAACCCUCCAUCCACCACCCAGGCCUCCGAAAAAGCCAACAACAGCACCACCACCUACUCUUGCAGUGCCUAAGCGAGAUGUGUCUGAUGUACUACAAGCUCCAAAGAAUUUCUACGUAGACACCACCAAGAAAUCAUGCUCAGAUCGAGAUGCUGCUGUUUUGGAAUUGCAAGUUAGCUGUCAAAAUGAUUUGGUGCAUUGUGACAAUAAGGACAUGACUGGGAAAGCUGCACUGGUGGAAACCACUGUGACUAAAGGCCUAGCAAGAAACUAUGAGGCAGAAGAGGAAGAGGAAGAAGAGCAUGACUACAGCUAUAUUGAUGAAGACAUAAUUGAAAACAUAAGAAAAGUAUUUCAUGGCACCAGCAUUAGGAAUGACCAUACACUCUCCAAAGGAAGAAGGUGA